UGUAAAGUUGUGGAAAUUGUUCCAAAAGAUAGGGUCUUCACCAAAGAGAAUAUGGCCUAUACUGUAGAUAUACUCAAAGAGCUGGUGGUAACACUUUUUUUCGUGUCAUACUACUUCAUUGAGUUCUGGUUCUACACAAUAUUUCCGGGGUGGAAAUACAAAAAAGACAUUCGAGGUGAGACCGUAUUAGUAACCGGUGCAGGAUCUGGAGUUGGAAGACUGCUUGCAAUUCAGUUUGCGAGGCAUGGUGCCAAAGUCGUCUGCACAGAUAUCAAUGAAAAAGGAAAUAAUGAGACAGUAGCUGAACUUGUGACAGUUGCCUCCAAUCCUGACAAGGUACAUGGCUACACAUGUGAUGUCUCAAGCAGGAAAGAGGUUUACAACCUUGCAGAGAAGAUCAGACAGGAUGUAGGUUCAGUAAGCAUCCUGGUGAAUAAUGCAGGUGUGGCUGGGAGCUGUAAAUACGUCACGGAAUGCCAAGAUGAUGUCAUGGAGAAGAUCAUGAAAGUAAAUGCACUCGCACACUUUUGGACUGUCAAAGCAUUUCUACCAGGCAUGCUGAGGCGCAACCAUGGACAUCUGGUGACUGUGGCUAGCUCAGCUGGCCUGACUGGUGGCCCGAAAGUUGCAGACUAUUGUGCUAGCAAGUUUGCAGCCAUUGGCUUUCAUCAGUCAGUGGCUCUGGAAAUUAGAGCAAUGGAAUCCGAUGUGGUUACGACUCUUCUGUGCCCUGGCCACAUAAGAACCUCCAUGUUUGAAGGCUUCAAGAUGAGGUUUUCGUUGGUACCAUCGCUGGAACCAGAACAGGCUGUUGACCUCAUGAUGAAUGCCAUACUCAAGAAUCAGGAGAUGCUAAACAUUCCAAAGGUGCUCAACCUCAUCAUUCCGUUCAUGACAUGGUUUUUGCCAGCAAAGGCAAGCCUGCAGCUAUCGAAGUUUCUUGGUGUCUUUGAAUGUUUUGAUGAUGUCAAACCUGAAGUCUGGUCCAAGGGAGAUUAACUGCCAUAAUUCACAGGAAGACAGAUACGUGUGCGUGCACGUUUCACAAAUGGUUUCAUUUGUAUUAGUAUACUACAUGUAAUACAACCUAUUGGGUAGUUGGGUUCCUGGUAAUUUUCACGUACAGCCUGAUGUAGGAAGAUAGACACAAGAUUGAUAGAAAAUGGAUUGAAUUAUGUGAAUAGUUAGUGAGCCCAAGAGCUUUUGCAGUGGUAUGGUUCAUGACAGACCUGGUAUGGUUCAUUGUCACAUAACAAUCAGUAAUGAAGAUCACAUAGGGUACAAAUGGUUUUGGGAAUAAACGUGUUAAUUAUA